AGUAAUUCGAUAACCUACCUCUUCAUCAGCGUCAGCAUUCAACAACCGGGUAGCUCCGUACGCUCUGUGCGCGAGAUUGGACUGUUCGCUUGCACAACUCAAAACGAGAAAGCGUGGCUCGACGAGCUAGCCCAUGGGAUCCAAGAUGAUGAUUCUCACUUUGGAAGCCCUUGGAUCGGCAUAUUCCCGGACGACAGCGCAGGUCCGUCCCAGAGUGAUGGGGAGAAACAAGAGAUGGAUCCAGACAUCUCAUGGAUAGCAGAAGUCUGCGACGACUUCGCAGAGCACAUUGAGGGCGGGGAGAUGGCAUUCUAUGCAGAACCAGAAAGUGAUCGCCCCAUAACACGCGAGGAGCUGAUCGCGUUCGAAGACGGGUUGGCACACAAUGCAGCCGCAUACAGUAUAUGCGUGGACACGAACCACGUAUCCACUGUACUCGCACCUGGCCUACGCAUGGCAGGACAGGAUGCGCACCACAAUAAAUACGACGCUCGUGUCGACGGCGAAGAGGACCUCAGCGCGCAAUACCACCAGGCGGACGGCACCAUCGCUUCAUCCACUUCUUCCCCUUUGCAUGCCGCUGAUGGAAGGAUCAAUGAGGAAGACGACAUGAGAGGCACCGAGCAUGACAGCGCUAGCGAAGGCGAUGUCGACAUUGAAACCAACUUGUGGCGGUCUGCAAAGCGCAUUGAGCCAUCCCAAAUUGAUGACGCGCCAGCGGUACGUGGUGCCUUAGCAUCAAAGGCCAUCGAGUCCACUGGGCAUGUGAGCUCACCUCCAAGAGCCGCCUCUAUUUCGAAUGGCUUUGACGCUAGACAGCCAUCUACACAAGCGGAGACUUCUUCGCCACAUCCUGGAACCUCUCUCACGCGCGCUAUCCCUUCAACGACAUUCGUGCUGAAGGAUCAAGAGGUCCAUGAUUGUCGCUCGAGGCAAGGGGCCAAGCGUGGCAGGGACGAUGACGACGACGACGUCAAUGAAGUGGCCCAGCCUAAGGCCACGGCGAGCGCGAAUCCCACCGAGGAACCCAACACCAAGAAGACGCGGGCUGAAUCCGCUGAGGUGCCACAUGUCACCUGCCCAGGCUGUGUAGGCAGCUUUCGGGAAGACACGCUCGGCCGCCACUGGAGGGACCACUGCGUAAUGAACCCGGCAAGAGGGACCCGUGAACCAUUGGUCUGCGACGUCUGCUGGAGGAUGUGGAAGCUUGGAGACGUCCCACUCAGGGACUUUUCAACCGACCAUUCAUUGAGGCGGCAUGUUGUGGGCAAGCAUACAGGGGAGGACUGGCACGUAAUGCAGCGCAAGAGGGGCAAGAAGACUCGCCGUUCGCACAAGAGAAGCAAAGGUGCUAGCACGUAG